AUGGAGGCGAGGCUGCUCGCCGCUUCGCCCGCGCGAUGGGGACGGGCGCCCGGCUCGACCUGGGAUAACCCCAUUGACCUCGGCAGCGACGACGAACCGACAAGGCCACAGCGCAGGACGCCUGCGAAGACGGCGGCGCAGAUGCUCCCUUCCUCGUCGUCUGGCCACGCGCAAGCCCGCACAAGCGGGGCGUCGGUAGCACCAUGCACGCCAUCUCACCAAAAGAAGCGCAAGGCACCAGCAGCCGCCGGCGACGACGAGCCGUCAUCAGCACGGGAGAAGCGCCUCCGCAGAUUCCGCCCGCAGCCGCCGCAGUCCUUCCACGGCGUCUACGCCCGAGCCCUGGACCAGCGCUUCUGCGUGCUCGGGCGCCGGCGCGGCGGCUCCGAUGCGUGUCCGCACGAGACGUUUGCGCUGGCCGGGUCGACGGGUAAUGUCUACACUGUCCACGUCGGCCGGGAGCCGUUGUGUAACUGUCCCCAUGCCGCCAAGGGGAAUCAGUGUAAGCAUAUCCUCUACAUCCUCGCCAGAGUGCUCCACGCCCCCUUCAACCUGGUCUACCAACUCGCCCUCCUCUCCUCAGAGCUGCGCACCAUCUUCGCCAACGCCCCCAGCACCGCCGGCCAACGCCCCGACGCAGCGACCAGCAGCAGCGACAACGGCAAGGGCAGGCGGAAACCCGUCGAGGGCGACUGCCCCAUCUGCUUCUGCGAGCUCGACGCCGCCAGCCCCGAGUCGAUAGCCUGGUGCCGCGCGGGGUGCGGGCAGAACAUCCACCAGCAGUGCUUCGACACGUGGGCCGCGACCAAGACCGCCGGCGGCCGCGUGCCGUGCCCGCUGUGCCGCAGCGAGUGGCCGUCGCGGGGGCGCGUGGUGGGUGGCCGACCGGCGUCGCGUGCUGUGCGGUUGGACGAGGCGGUGGACAGCGAGGGGUAUGCCAAUGUUGCGAGCCAGCUCGGCAUCAGCGGCGUUAGAGAUACGUCGUCGUAUUCGGACUGGCACUGGAGGCAUAGUCGGCGGCGAGGUGGUUGGUGA